GCAUGUACAAAUAAAUCUGUUCGUCACGUACAACGGUCAAUACUUAUUUUUCCGACGAAUCUCAGUACAAUUUUACUAAAAGAGAUUACAAUAUUCGAAUAAAUAUGAAUACGAAAGCAACCACUAUCAAAGAAGCGUUGAAGCGCUUGGAAGAUCGCACCAAGACGAAUCCCUGCGACGACAAGGAGAUUGAUCUAUGCUUCCAAUGGCCACCGAUAGAGAAAAUGGAUACCACCUUCUCCACGCUGGUGGCUUGCGAAAAGCUAUCCCUUUCCACGAAUAUGAUCGACAAAAUAUUCGGCUUGAGCGGAAUGAAAAACUUACGCGUCCUCUCGUUGGGACGGAAUUACAUCAAGGCCAUCUCCGGCCUGGAGGGGGUCAGCGAUACGCUCGAGGAGCUUUGGUUGAGCUACAAUCUCGUCGAGAAACUGAAGGGUAUCAACGUGCUGAAGAAGUUGAAGGUGCUCUAUAUGAGUAACAACUUGGUUAAGGAUUGGGUAGAGUUCAAUCGGUUGGUCGAUUUGCCCGUGCUGGAAGAUCUACUGUUCGCCGGAAAUCCGCUGGUCGAAUCGAUGGAGGAAAGUGUGUGGCGAGCAGAGGCCAGCAAAAGAUUGCUGUCGCUGAGAAAGCUGGACGGAGAGACCGUGAUUAGGGAGGAAAGUGACAGCCAACAGCAACAGCAGCAGCAGCCUGGGCAACCGGAAAAGGUUUAGAUUAGCGCGUUGUGCUUGAGAUUGCUUUCUUUUGAUCAAUAAAAAAAUGUGGGGGUUAAAAAAAGUAAAAUUUUAUUGUCGA